AUGUCGCAGCCCGGCACCGCGUCUUCCAGCUUCGGCUUCGAGGACUCCAAUGGCCAUCAAGACGAUGAUUCAUGCGGAACUCAGCAGAAUCAUCAUCAGAACGGCCGAGCCUCGUCGGCUGACAUACUCGGUGAAAAGAAUAACGCGAAGUCCGCAGAUAUGUCGAACGGCUUUGAGAUACGCAAUCGACCACCCCAGCCGAAACCCGGCGGGAAAGGGGAUGGCAGCAAGAAUAAUCACGUCCAGAACCACUUGGAGGACAGGCCGGCCUCGGUACCGGUCGUGCUCACUCAUCAGCAGUAUCACCACGACGGUGGCAUGAUGCUUGACAGGAUGCAGCUGACACAGCCCAUCGCCAUACAUCCCACGGCUACGGGUUUUCCCCAGGAUUACGCGUCGGGGCCGUCGUCGGGUCAAUAUCCCAUGUACGUCUCUCGCGAUGGUACAGGGAGCUACAGGGAUCCUCUUUAUGGUGGGCCACAGAGCGUGUCGUUGGUAGCGCCACAGGCGACUUACGUCACUCAACCACCGCAGACGUUGCCCCCGCAACCGGCUGGACCGGCGCCCUACUUCUCCGCGAAUAAGAACGCGGGGGGAUUACCGCUGCUAAAUUCGGGCUACGUGCGUUUUGCCCCGCCUCAGAUGCACUACAAUCAGUAUACCCAGGCACUGCAGCAGCAACAAUCUCAACAAGCACAGCCGUCGAGCAAUCAACACUCGCCGAAUCCACAGAGGUUGUCGCAAGAGUAUUCGGGUCAGCCGAUCUGCCAGCCCCUAGCGCAAAACGUGGCGCAGAAUUCCGCUGUUGGACCCCAGGUGGACAGGUCCGACAAGCCUCCUCGCGGUCCCAAGCCCAUGGUUCCUCCUCGUAUCAAUUCUAAAAUAACUCACGACACCGGUGGUGGCCAUCGCAAGUGCUCCAGUAUCGAUGUCACGGCUAAUCAGAAGCCGAAAGGUGCUGCCGAUGAUGGCACGAACGAUUGUAGCGUAAGUUCGGUAACGCAAGAAUCCAGCGGUGUUGGUGGUAAUCCAGCGCCGGUGCGAACGCGACAGGACGGACUAUACGUGGAAAAGAAGGAUAUUUCCUCGCAGGAUGCAGGUAGCAAUGAUACCACCACUGCUGCCAACGUGGAGCAGCAGCGCACCGUGUACGUGUCCAAACCGGAGCACCGAAAGUCAAUCGGUGACAUCAGCAGUCACUUCCAGAAGCGCAACGACACGAUAACCUUCACGUUUCCUGGCGACGGUUCCGGCCAGCAGCAGGAGCCCUCCCCUGCUGCCCUGUUGAACCAUCGCAAAUCUCUAGCCAAUAUUACCACGACCGAGCCGCUGCUUCCCGCUGAGCAGAGAAAGCAGCUGCAGGACGUGCGCAAGUCUCCAAUGCCGAAUCUGCCCACGGGUAUGCCCAAGAGCAUACUGGUCUCGGGCGAGAGAAAAUCGGUGGAGUGGAGCAGUCUGAGCCAGAAUCAGAGAAUGUCGAUACCGCAGGAGAAUCGAAGAUCGGAGUACUACGACGACCAUCGCAGAUCGCCCAUGACGGUGAUGGCCGCCGACGACGUUCGCCGAUCGCCCAAAGUUUUUACGGUGCCUCACGACGAGCGCAACAAUCAAAAGAGUCCGAACAACAUGCCACAGGCCGCCCAGUCGUUCGAGAAGACUCGAGCCGAGCUGGCGCUGUGGGCCGAGCAACGACAGCGACAGGAGAUAGAGAGCCGAGUGGUAGCGGGUUCGAACCGGGCCAUGUACACGACGAGUCCUCGCACUCGUUGUCAGUCCGAGGAGAGGCGGCCCGAAGGUAGUGGUAGAAACUACGCUCGGGGCGACAAAGGAGACAUCAUGUCGCAGUCGGCUUUUCAGCCGAUACCCAGCAUAAAUCAAAACUCGCUGAUGGAGCAGCGCAGGCAUCUGCGCCACGUCAGCGCCGAUCUGACCAAGCGCAUGGAAUUGAAUCAUCGCAAGGAAUUGGAGGAUCAGCAGCAGCCUCUCACGGGCUCAGUCAUGAAUUUGGGUACCACGGGCUCUUUGACGUGUACCUCGAACGUCACCACUCAGCAGCAUCACUCGAAUUCGUGCUGUCAACACAACGAGCAAAAGAUACCGAUGACCAUCGUGACGGAUUACAACGACGGCCCAGCCACGAAACACUCGCAGGAGCCGAGCGAUCACAUCAUUCACAGUCAUCACAAGAAGAAGCACCACCACAAGAGCCAGGAGAACUCACUGAAUCACAUCGAGCACCUGCAGGAGCGCCCGGACUCGCAGAUGUCGCAGAAGUCCGCCAGUUCCAGCCAGUACUACAAUCAUCAGCAGCACAACAUCAACUUCAUCGCGGAAAAACUGAAUCAGUGCGAGCGCCAGCAGAACGACCUGCAGGCCAAGCUGCAGAGCAUACAGAAUCACAACGAGAUCAUGGAAAAGGUGGCCCAGAUGCAGGCCCAUGCGGGCGACUACGCGGGCCGACUGCACAAUCUCCAUCUCGCGGAGAAGUUCGCCCAGAAGCAGAGCUCGGAGUUCUCUUGCGUCGAGCGCAUGAGCGAGCAGGAGCAGACGAAUCAGAUCAUACUGAAUCAGUGCAUCAACGCCUCGCGACAGCUGCACAAUCAGGCCCUGAUACCGACUGUGCCUGCAUCCGCGGUAGGGGCCACGCCCCAGCUCCACCCGUCGGGCUACUACAUCACGAGCGAGCGUCUGUCCCCGGGUAGAUCGCUGCAAUUCCAGCAGCAGGACGACGACUCGGAUCUCAGCGAUUCCAUACACAUACCGAGCAUCUCGCAGAUGCCGCUGCCCAGCCUGUCGCAAUUCGAUCGGGCUGACGUGUGGGCGCGGGCGCCUUACUCGCAGCGCAUGCAGGCCAACUGCGUCGACAAUUUGGACAGUGUGGCGAUGCAGCAGCAGAUGAACUUUACGGGGACGAUGAAAAAAGUGCCACCCGAGAAGCCACCGAGGACGUCGCUGGUCGUGCAGUCGCCCGAUAACGAGAGUAAUCGAAGUCAACCAGCUAUCGGGUUGAAGCACACGUCGAAGGCGAGGAGAAAGAGCCGAAGCUCUCCGAUUUGUAACGACAUGGACGAUCACGAAAUUCAAUCGACGGUCGAGGCGAUGCUCGGGCCCGACGUCAAGAUCAUCGACUGCGAGAAGCAGUCUUGCGUCAAGGAGGAAGAGGUGCUGCUGAUCAACGGCGUGCCGAUAACCCUCGACGAGCCCGACGGCAUGGCGAUACGCGAGGCCAUGAUCACGGGCCAGGUGCCACCCUGCGACCUCCUCAAUCGCAUACUCAUUCGCGCCGGCAUACAAAGGGUACCGGUGCGUUUGGAGACGUCGCUCAACGUGAAGUCAUCGAUCGUCACCAAGGAAGAGGUCACAGUAGCCAGAGAUGGCAAAAUCGUCGACGAGCGCAGUCGCGAGACCAAGGAGAACAACAGCUACUCCUCCACGACGAGCGAGAUCUGGGAGCCGAUCGGCGUCGUGCAGCGCCCGAAGAAUCCCAACAAGCCCUUCGACAGCUCGGACGAGUCGCGGCCCAACUCCAACGCGAGCUCCGAUCAGGGAUACACGACCAACACGAGCACCAAUAACGUUCUUCACGACGACAUCGCUGCUGGUGCUGGCGGUGGUGGUGGUGGUGGUGGUUUAAGCGGCCGCCUGACGAGCUGCCCGUUCUGCGGCGACGGCGUGGUGGCGGAUUGUCCGCAGAAUUGCUGCUUGACGACUAGCCUGUCGGGUCUGGGAUUGAGCGACGUCGUCGUUGGCGGUGGCGGCGUUGGUGACUCGGUGCUCAAGGGAGUACAAACGACUGCAUCCGCGCCUACAAUUUUCGGAACUGUUGCAUCAGACUUAAAUCCCAAAGACGGAAAUAGCCGAAGGGUAAGUUUUUAUGUUAUCAAAUAUCCCCCGCGCGCGCGAAAAUCUCAAUCAAAUCUGCCGCAAACCCCGGCCGGAAGUUUAGCCGGGAAAUCAUUGGCCGCUGGCGCUGCCGCCUCCAGCAUGGUCAAUGGCGGCACUCAUCAUCUGCACAAUGACUCUGCUGAUUCACACGAGCUGGUUUAUCGGGACGGAAAUUUGGUGUCGGGCUCGCUGGAGGCUCUCGUGCAGCACAUGGUGCCCACCGAGGACUACUAUCCCGAUCGAGCUUACCUGUUCGCCUUUCUGCUGAGCGCUCGGCUCUUCAUCAAGCCGCACGAGCUUCUCGGCGAGGUCUGCGCGUUAUGCGAGCAUCAGCAAAAUCUCAACGGCGAGGGCGGCAAGGAGCGUCUGCAUCGCUUCGUGCCGCGCUUGGUGCAACUGCUCACCGAGUGGACCGAGACCUUUCCCUACGACUUCCGAGACGAGCGCGUCAUGGGUCACGUGCGAAACAUAACUCAGAAGGUGGCCAACGUCGACGCGGCGGCCCGGCAAGAGGUCUCGGUGCUGCUGCAAAAUCUGCUCGUGAAGUUCACCGCGCUGGAGCGAUACGAGGAGGCACUCAGCCGACUGGCCAACGAAGCCACGACAGAGCCACUCGCACAGGUCGACGUGACGGAGCUGUGCCCGUCGGCCACGGUGCUCGCCCAGCAGCUGACUCACAUCGAGCUCGAGCGGCUCUCCUACAUCGGCCCCGAGGAGUUCGUCCAGGCGUUCGCCAAGGAAUCGGCGCACUUGGAAACUUCCUUCAAAGACAUGAAGAAGACGCGCAAUCUCGAGUCCUACGUGCAGUGGUUCAAUCGGCUUAGCUACUUCGUCGCCACGGAAGUUUGCAAGCACGCGAAGAAAAAGCAACGGGUGCGCGUCGUGGAGUACUGGAUCGAGGCCGCCCGCGAGUGCUUCAACAUCGGAAACUUCAACUCGCUCAUGGCCAUCAUCGCGGGCUUGAACAUGUCGCCGAUAUCGCGAUUGAAGAAGACCUGGUCCAAAGUUCAAUCGGCCAAAUUUUCCAUCUUGGAGACUCAGAUGGAUCCCACGGGCAACUUCAGCAGCUAUCGCAGCACCCUCAAGGCGGCGAUGUGGCGUAGCGCUGGCGCUACGGACGAGAGGCAGCGCAUCGUCGUGCCCUUCUUCAGUCUGCUCGUCAAGGAUCUCUACUUCCUUAACGAGGGCUGCAGUAACAAACUGCCCAACGGCCACAUCAACUUUGAGAAGUUCUGGCAGCUGGCCAAACAAGUGACGGAGUUCAUCGCCUGGAAACAAGUGGCCUGUCCCUUCGAAAAGAACACGAGGGUCAUUGCGUUUCUCCAAGCCAGUCCUGUGCUAUCCGAGAACGCUUUGGCACUGGCGUCGUUCGAGUGCGAGCCACCGGAUAACAAUCACGAAAAGGAUCGAUACAAAGCACUAAAAGCCGAGCUCAGCAGUCAGUGAAAAUGGGUCUCUUCAGAAUGCUACAAUUCCUCGAGAGCGAGAUAUUGAAGACACGGCGCGCAAGCACAUCGCUACAACACUAAUUCAACCGAGAGAAGCAGGCGCGCGCCUGCCUACCUGCCUGCAAAUACAAGAGAAUAACAAGAAACUUCUGUUCUCUGCCUAUAACGUACUACAACGACACAAGCUGCUUACAUGUUUCGCGGGAGAUAUGCUUGUUGUGCGCGCGGCGCUCGAUGUAAGAGAGGGCGGCGGCGUCAGCCCUCAGCGCUGUAUACGCGAAUUACAAUUUCUCGAAUAGAGAGCAAAUACGAUGUGAACUUUGCGCGAAAAAGUGUAAGAAAUCGAAUUUCUAAAAUGUAUUUGUCUUCGUAUUAUGAUAGAUCCGUAGGAUUUCGGUAAUAACAGUAUUUUUUUUUGUUUUUUUGAAUUUUGUUUAGGUUGAUUUUGUUAUUGUUUUCAAAUUUUCGAGAGUAUUUCGAUAAGAGAACAAGUAAGCUUUGCGUUUGCCAAGUAAUAACAAUGCAAGCAUUUGUUUGAACUCAUUUGAAUUUGGAUUUUUGCCAGUAUUCGUAAGACUGUGGUAAUUACAAUUUCAGUGUAGUGCGUUCGAAAAAUUUUCAAAGCUUUUUACGCAACAGCGUCUUAAAAAGCGGUAAGUUUUUAAAGUUUUCGUAUAGAUAGAUAGAUUUACGACACAAUGAAAAAGAAAACGCCUAUAUCUUCGGAAAAGUUUGAUGUGAAGUAAAAGGAGGCCAAAAAAAGAGAAGAAAAAAAACGAAUACACAGAAGUACUCUUAGUCGAACAAAAAAAAAUGUAACACAUUUACUCUCGUUAACCCGUCGAGACACUCGGGAGUGUGAGACUCUUGAAAAAUUGCUCGCUACACACUUACAAUGCUAGAAAUCCGUUCGAGUACUCGUACUCGAGACUUCAUUGAAUAAUUUAUUCGCGCGAGAAAUAUACUUUACGAUAUAUUUCUUCAUCCAUUGUAAUGCCACAUGUCAAUGCCAAGUAUUGUUACACCAGUAAUACAUAAGAUACUAUCGAUGAGAAUUCAGGAUAAGAUUUGUAACCCGAGCGCGUGUAAGGAUACGAACGAAAAAAAUUCCUUUUUUUAUAAUGAAUUUUGAUAUAAUCAAUUAGAAUUAAUCAAACGAAACGUUUGAUGUACAAGUUAACUAGAUCGUCGCGUCGAGAUACGACGCUCUAGUUCGAUAAGCACAAGCCAAAUUAAUUACUAUGCAAAAGGCCUAACUCGAGAAACUAGUAAAUAAUAUCCAUACGAAAGCUCUGGUUCGUCUGAAGCAAGCAUUUGAAUCGAUAUAGCAACGACAUUAUCAGUCAUAUUAUGAAUACAAGCGUCAAUUCUUCACUUCAUUUCACUUACAAAGAGCUUAAAUAUUUCAUAAACAGGGGAGGACACCUACAAGGAAUCUUAUUACAACUCUCUUGCGUCUUUGCUCGUACGUGUGCUGCAGCUGGGAUUAAAGUCAAUAAAUUCCAGUCGUGCCAGAGAAAGAUUUAAAAACUAUAUAUUGCCCCCGGGGGAAAACUCAUUCUCUGCGCAGAGAGACAGACGAAUAACGCUAAAACGAUGCAUAAUAUUACGUUAUCGCUACUACGAGAGAUGUUUCGCGAUUGAAUUUACGCAUGGUGCAUGAAUUUCCUAGCGUACUCGGCUUUAAAUUCCGUUAAUUAGCUGUAAGAGAGGGAGGAAAUUCAAAGAUCGAAAUAAUGCAAACGUUACAACGAUAUUUCCAUAGAUAACGCGAUGUUCAAGUGUUUCAUUGCCGACGAGUGGCUCAGCGCUAUACAUUAUAUACUCUGCGCGCAAACAAAAGAUAAAUGACGAGCCAAGAGCUCGAACUUACAAGCACACUUUAAGUAAAACAUAAGCGAUGUAUGAAUUAUUUUCCGUAAACUUCGAGUUUAAUCAUUUCGUAGUACUUUUUAUUUCGUAUUGCAUAUAGUUAUUAAGAAGUCUAUAUCGAUAUUAUUAUGUUUUUUUUUUGUACCUGCUCGAGAAAAUUAAGCAAGGUCGCUUGUGUGAAUUUUAACUCGUUGUACGACAAAUUUUGUUUUCGUAUUCACGGUAGCGUGUAAGUACAAUAUUAUAUACGUAUGAAACACGUCUAUGCACCUAAGUGUAAUGUAACGUAUGGCAUGUAAAACUAACGUGUCACAUUGUAAAUAAUACAUGUGUAUAUAAAGAAAAUAAGUAGAUAUUAUCGUAUUAUCGAAACCUUUAUAUUAUUAUUACUAAACCUCGAGCGAGCAAAGAAGUGUGAAAACCCUAAAACACGGAAAAUCGUAUUCUUAAAGUCAAGCGUAAUACUAAAAAGUAUAUUUAUAAUUAACUACACGAACAAAAAACAAGAAGAGUGCACAAUGUGUGAUUAUAGAAUUUUUUUGUUGUUUUUCUUUAUCUUGGGAGCGAAGGAAAGUAUUAAAUUGAACGUGGUUUGGAAAAUCAACAAAUGACUAUUGUGAUUGCGUUAAAAAUAUCUUGCAAAUACUUGCUUUAUAACAUCUAGUCACUAGUUAUUAGAUCUAGUCUAGCUCUCUCUAUCUUUCUCAUUUUUUGUGUAUAUGUUUAUGUGAUUAAGCGUACGGUUAGUUUAUUUUCAUAAAGCACGAUGUAUUUGUCAAGUAUGAGUAUUUAUAGUGCACGAAUUUUCUUGAGAUAAAAGCGACAUUCCAUUGUGUAAAUGUUCAUGUGUGAAUGGACGAGCGAGAGAAUAAGCGUUUAGUAUGAAAUUUUCCAUGUUUAAAUUGUGCGAGAACAGGAUAAAUCUCACUUUAUUUUAAAAUUCAAAAAUCUCAUGUCACAUUCAUGUCUUCGCGUCACAUAAUCUUGAAUCACUGCACAGUUCGUGUGCGAUAAAAUAAAUCCUUUUCCCGUCCUUUCAUAAUUAUAUUAUAUCUCGUAAAAACUAAAGAUAUCUGCAGAAAAAAAUACAUUUGUACAAUUUUUCAACGUGGGAAAAGUUAAUGAUAUUCCAUUUACAGUGAUGUAAGACUAAAAACAAAUGUGAGAUUAUUAUGAAAUUGUACUGUGAGCAUGUAUUUAUUCAAAAGUUCACAAUGAUGAAUGAGAAUGAAAAAAAUUAAGA